AUGGAUAAGCAACCCUUGCGAGUCUGGAUUCUGCUUGUUUUGGGGUUCAUUAGCUCCUACUGUGUGCUCCUGGGCCUCCGUAGCAGCGACACCUCCACCGGGUAUGACUUCUCUGCGUGCCCGCUGCCUGGCGGGGAGCCUGUGAGCUUGGGCUCCCUGCGGGGCAAGGUGCUGCUCAUUAAGAAUGUCUGGUCCCUCUGGGGCACCACGACCUGGGACUACACCGAGAUGAACAAUCUUCAGAGACGCCUGGGUCCUCGUGGCCUGAGGGUGCUCGGUUUCCGGUGCAAUCAGUUUGGAUAUCAGGAGAACGCCAAGAACGAAGAGAUUCUGAAUUCCCUCAAGUAUAUUCGACCCGGUGGUGGGUUCGAACCCAACUCCUUGCCUGAGCCCAGUGACGAGCCCACUGCACUCGUGACCGACCCCAAGUACAUCAUUUGGUCCCCGGUGUGCCGCAACGACAUUGCCGGAAACUUUGAGAAGUUCCUGGUGGGCCUUGAUGGUGUUCCGGUGAGCAGGUACAGCCGCCACUUUUGCACCAUCGACACCGAAUCCGACAAAGAAGCCCUGCCUAAGGUGUUCCUGGUAUCCCGGCCUGAACCAGAGAACGAAGCAUCACUGCAGCAGUUAAUCUCAGCUCUGGACAGCCUGACAGGCAGCUGA